CAAUUGAUUUUAAACAUUCGGAAGUUUAUAUUGUAGAUAGCAGUCAUUUCCGUUACCUUGCAGCAUUAAAACUAUAUUUCGUAUAAGAGAUAUUGAUGUCAUGUAAUUUAAUCUUUUUGGAUAUGCAACAAAACGUCACUAUCAGUUGAAUUUAGUUUUAUUUAAAAGUGUUAUACUUCCAUUUAUCUUAUUACAUGUGUUAAAUAUAGGGUUGAUCUGCAAUGUUUUCUUUCCAACCUCACAAUCAGGUUUUAUAUCAUCUGACGCAAUUAACUUCAGUAGUUAGUCCAAAAUCUACAUCAUUUUCAGUUAAAGUUAAAAGACAAAAUGAAUUGAAAAAAUCUAUGAAUGAUAUCUCUUCCGGUAACCUGUCAGACGCUACUAAAAAUUAUAUUGAUACAUUAAUAGGAAAAUUAAACUUGUCUGAUGUAAUUACAAUGUUUGAUAUAAGGACAAAUAAUGUUUUGAUAGCAUUAGAUCAAGUUUCUAUGAAAAUUUUUAAGAGAAAUUUAGAAAAAAAUAAUAAGUGGAAAGUCUAUGCAUCAGGAUUAAAUUCCACAAAAAACAAACACAAAUAUCUAUAUAAAAAAUGUACGGAAGAAAUUAUUUUACCUGCUAUGUAUUUAUCAUCGAAACAAUAUUAUACAACAUUAUGUACCUUUUAUGACAAAAAUUCAUUUAAUCACUAUGUACAAAUUCGUAGUUUUAGAACAAAACGUAAUGUCUCUACUGAAUUAGAAAAACAAUCAUCGUUUAUAAAUAAAUUUAAAAACUUGGUUGGUCAUUUCUCUGGAACAAAUACAGGAUUAGUACAUGCUCUGAAAGAAAAGGACUUGGCAACAAUAAAAAAUUUAUUUAAUAAUCAAACAUCAACAGAAGAAUAUAAAAGAAUUAUAUUAGCUUUUAUUGAAGGAUAUGAAGCAGGACUUAGACGCCAAACAUAUUCAACUUUUGGAUGGUUCAAAAUACUAUGUAGUUUAUUAACAGGAACUGUAUUAUUAAUGUUUUGGUAUGGAGUUUAUGUUGUAGGAAGUGGAUUACGAUUUCCAAUGGACAAUGUUAAGUUUAGACCAGAAAUAACAGACAUAACUUUCAAUGACGUUAAAGGAGUUGCAGAAGCUAAACAAGAAUUAAGAGAUAUAGUUGAAUUUUUAAAAAAUCCAGAAAAAUUUGUUGCACUUGGUGCAAAAUUACCUAAAGGUGUAUUACUAGUAGGACCACCAGGAACAGGAAAAACAUUAUUAGCUAGAGCAGUAGCUGGUGAAGCUGGUGUCCCAUUUUUUCAAGCUGCUGGACCUGAAUUUGAAGAAAUUUUAGUAGGGCAAGGUGCACGAAGAAUGAGAGAUUUAUUUAAAGCAGCAAAAGAAAAAGCACCUGCCGUAAUAUUUAUAGAUGAAAUUGAUUCUGUUGGUGCAAAACGAACAAAUUCAGCUCUUCAUCCAUAUGCAAAUCAAACAGUAAAUCAAUUACUUACGGAAAUGGACGGAUUUCUUCAGAACGAAGGUGUUAUAGUAUUAGGUGCGACGAAUAGACGGGAUGAUUUAGAUAAAGCAUUAAUGCGUCCCGGUCGUUUUGAUGUUGAAGUUCUUGUUGAUAUACCAGAUUACUUAAGCCGGAAGGAAAUUUUUGAUUUAUAUUUAUCAAGAAUAUUAACACAAGAGAUUGACGCAGAUUAUUUAGCAAAGUGUACUCCUGGAUUUACUGGAGCUGAUAUAGAGAAUAUGGUAAAUCAAGCAGCUCUUAAAGCUGCUAUAAAUGAUGCUGAAUAUGUAACAAUGAAACAUUUAGAAUAUGCUAGAGAUAAAAUAAUCAUGGGUCCAGAAAGAAAACAAAAAAUUAAAGACACAGAAACUAAUACCAUUACAGCAUAUCAUGAAGCAGGACAUGCAUUAGUUGCAUAUUAUACUAAAGAUGCACCACCUAUACAUAAAAUUACCAUCUUGUCUCAUAGUCAUUCUUUAGGACAUACCGCGUUUUUAUUCAACGACGAAUAUCAUACAACGAAAUCCAAAUUAUUAGCUCUAAUGGAUAGUUCAAUGGGUGGUCGUGCUGCAGAAGAAUUAAUUUUUGGUUCUGAUAAAGUAACAGCAGGAGCAUAUAACGAUUUUCAGAGGGCGACUUUCAUCGCAGAAGAGAUGGUACACAAGUAUGGCAUGUCUGAAAAAGUUGGUUUUGGUACAAUUCGUAGAAAUGGUCAAGGGGAUGGAUUUCAAUUAGGUCCUAGCACAAGUGAUCUUGCUGAUAAGGAAGUGAAGCGCCUUUUACAAGAAUCAUAUGAACGAGCAAAACUAACAUUACAAAAACAUGCGAAAGAACUUAAAAAAGUGGCAGAUGCUUUACUUAAGUACGAAACAUUAAGCUCUAAAGAUGUAGAAGCUAUUAUUAAUGGAGAAAAAAUUCCACCUGAAACUUCGAAGAAUCAACCACGAAUUGUAGAUCCAACUGAACAUGUAUUAUAACUAGCAUAUCGAGAUUCAGUUUAAGAUGAUAAGUAAAAUAAAUUAUUUGGUGCAGUAUCGCAAUUUACAAUCAUACUUUAUAUUACUUUAUUAUAGUAAUUAUAUUUUACAAUUUUCAAUUUUACAAAUUCAAUUAAAAUAUAUCAGCUUUUUCAAUUGAGAACUUUGUAAUACAUCUAUUUCAUUAUUUAAUUACUUACUUCUUUAAUACAUUAAAUUUAUAUAACAGUUCAUAUAAAUUUAUUUUUUGUAACCAAUUAAUACCUUACAGAGUCUCAACUGAAAAUAAAUUAAGACAAUAUACAAAUAUAUCAGAAAAUAAUAUAAAUGUGACGAAUUAGACAUAAUUACAUAAAAAUUUCAAAUUAUAUAUAACUAUAUACUAUAACAAAAUUUUUACAUUACCUAAAAUUUGGAGUAAUAAUCAUACAGUUGGAAUUUUUAUUAAAUAUAAUUCUGCAAAGGAAAUUUUAUUUUUCAUUUACAGAAAAUAUGUCAAUACUAUUGUUACAUAAAUUUAUUGUAUACAAUAUUGAACUGAAAAUAUCAAUGAUCUAUUUUUACAAUAUGAUUGUAUUCCGGUUACUAAUAUAACAAUAAAUUCUUUUUUUAUGUUAGCCAAUUUCCGAUUUUAUGUUGAAAAAUUAAUUAUUGUAAAUUCUGCACCAAAAAUAUAUAAAAAAAUAUUAUUAAGUUGAUUAUUUUUUUAUAUAUUAGAAAAAUGCAUUGUUUUAGUUGGAAAUAAACCAUAAUUUUAUUCAAACUAAUAUUUACUAAAUAAUGCUAGACAUUCUUUAAAGUAUUAUAUUAUUCAAUUUUUAACGUGGUUAACCAAUUGUUUGGUUGAAAGAAAAUAUUUUUAUUUGUACAAAAUAUUCAAACAGAUUAAUAACAUUUAGGCCAUAUAGCAUUAACAUUUUAUUUACUACAUAGAUAUUAUAAAUUAUACAAAAUUAUAUAUGUAUCCAUAUAUUUCAUAUUUCGUAUAAUCCCUAUCUAUUCUUUCAUCAUACGAUACAGAUCACACUAUAUUAUUAUUGCAUCUAAAUUUACUUCUAAUACAUUACUAUAAUUCAUUAAUGCUUACUCCUUUCGUUUUGUUUAAAAUUUAAUGACAUUGAAUUUAGCAAUUAACAACGUGUAAUAUUAUUUGACAAUGUUUUUAAAAUAAAGUUCUAUAAAAUUCAAA